AACGACGAUGGUCCAAUUCACAACCCUCAAGAGGCUCACCUCAGCGGGCGCCGGCGCCACCCUCCCCACCGCUCGGUCUCUCGCCGUCGACGUGUAGCAAAUUCAUUCAUCAACCUUAGGCUCACCAUCUUAUGUGGGGUUGUAACAAUCUUAGUGUUACGUGGUACCAUAGGCAUUAACAACUUCUCCUCUAAUAGUCCUUCCCUAAACCAAAACCAAAAACUUGUUGAAGAAACGAAUCGGGUCAUUGCUGAGAUCCGAUACGACGAUAAUGAUAACGAUGAUGAUGAUAAUUUUGAAUAUCCUCAAAAUUCUACCUAUAGUUUAGGUCCAAAAAUCGACAAUUGGGAUUCUACAAGAAAAAGUUGGUUGCAUGGAAAUCCAAGAUUUCCAAGCUAUAUAAAUGGAAAGCCUCGCGUUUUGCUGGUAACGGGUUCACCUCCAAGUCCUUGUGACAACUCAAUUGGGGAUCAUUAUUUGUUAAAGUCAAUAAAGAACAAGAUUGAUUAUUGUAGAAUUCACAAUAUUGAAAUUGUGUACAACAUGGCACAUUUUGACAAACAAUUAUCAGGAUAUUGGUCAAAAUUGCCAUUAAUUAGAAAAUUAAUGAUGUCUCAUCCAGAAAUUGAGUGGAUAUGGUGGAUGGAUAGUGAUGCAAUGUUCACAGAUAUGGUAUUUGAAAUUCCAUUAUCUAAAUACAAUGGAAAAAAUUUGAUCAUUCAUGGAUAUCCUGAAUUAUUAAAUGAAAAAUCGUGGGUUGCUUUGAACACUGGAAGUUUUCUUCUAAGAAAUUGUCAAUGGUCUUUAGAUUUGCUUGAUUCUUGGGCACCAAUGGGACCAAAAGGUAAAAUUCGCGAUGAUGCUGGUAAAAUUUUGUCAGAAAAUUUAAAAGGUAGGCCUAAUUUUGAAGCGGACGAUCAAUCAGCAUUGAUAUACAUGUUAAUAUUGAGGAAUAAUAAGUGGAUGGACAAGGUGUUUGUUGAAAAUUCGUAUUAUUUACAUGGUUAUUGGGCUGGUUUAGUGGAUCGAUAUGAAGAAAUGAUUCAAAAAUACCAUCCAGGUUUUGGAGAUGAGAGAUGGCCAUUUGUGACACAUUUUGUUGGUUGUAAGCCUUGUGGAAGUUAUGGGGAUUAUCCAGUUGAAAAGUGUUUGAAAAGUAUGGAAAGAGCUUUUAAUUUUGCAGAUAAUCAAGUGCUUAAAUUGUAUGGAUUUAGGCAUAGAGGUUUGUCAAGUCCUAAUGUUAAAAGAAUAAGAAAUGAAACUUUUAGGCCUUUAGAGUUUGUUAGUGACUUGGACAUUAGACAUUCUACUCCCUUGAAGCUUCAACUUGGUAAUCUUGUCAAGUUGCUCUUCCAUUUCAGGUGUCAUAUGAUUCUUCCAUUCCCCAACAACUCCUUUUCUGAAAUAUGCACUAUUGUGAAUAUGAGAGAAGAUUGAUCCACUCUUGUUAACCUCCAAGUUCUUAAGCCUCUCCAUGCUACACUUGUUCAAAACUAUCUCCAAAUCCUCUUCAUUAUCAAAAGGCUUUCCAAGAAACAAGGCUAUUUUUGCCACCUCUUUCUUAGGGUCUAUCUUCAAGUCUUCAUACUUUAAGAAUAAUAUUUUUUGAGGCAUUUUUUUACUUUCUUCCCAAUAUUCAAGAACAUGUUCAAAAAAUGGUCCAUACGGAUGAACCCCUUUGCAAAAGUUCUCCACAACUUCUUCUAAAGGAGAGAGAUCUUCUAAACGCUUACGAUUAUUGAAGAAAUGCCACAUAGAAAUUAUGGUAUCUUUAGGAUUUCUUGUUAUGUAUAUAAUCUUGCAAUUAUUCGAAUUUUUUAUUGAAUUUG